AUGUUGCUUGUUGUCGUCGCGGGGGUGUGCGUGUUGGCGCUCGUCUGCACACGCUUGCUUGCCCGCGUUUCGGCUCUGGCGGCCAUUCCCAAUGCUCACUUCUCCGUUCCUUUUUCGCCAGCAUGGAUCCGGUGGAAACGCCAGCAAGGCUGCCAGAACCGAACCAUCCUCGCCCUCCAUCAAAGACUGGGCCCGAUCGUCCGUCUGGGGCCGCGGGAGGUCAGCGUCAACUCGGCCGGCGGACUGCGCACUGUCUACGUGAGCGGCGCGUUUGAGAAGACGAGCUGGUACCGCGAGCUCUUCCAAAACUACAAUGUGUCCAACCUUGUGAGCACAGAGGCCCAUGGGCCGCACUCGGUUCAGAAACGGAUGAUCACCGGCAUCUACUCCAAAUCCUAUCUCCAGAACUCCCGCGAUCUGGCUGAGAUAUCCCGCGCCACUAUCUUUGGCAGGCUGCUCCCCUUGCUCGACAGCUUGGCAACAUCCCAGACCGCCGUCAAUGUACUCAGCCUGGGCAAGGCCAUUGGAAUGGACUUUACCACCGCGUAUCUGUUUGGCUCAGCAAACGGCACCGACUUUGUAUCCGACAAACCUUGCCGGAAUGCGUGGCUGGCGAUGUACGAAAAAUUCAAAUACCAACAGCCCGAAGAUCGAGCAUUCGGCCCUGUGGAGCAAUGGUGCCUUGGCCUUUGUAAAGCGGCGGAAGCUUACGGCGUCGUGCAACCUGGCAUAGGCACCUUCCCCGUCGUCCACCGGCAGCUGUUCUCGUCCCUCCAGCGGCUGCAUAGUCCUGCACGGCCGUCCGCGGAACCAAGCAUCAUCGUCGCCUCGGAGAUGCUAGACCACAUCGUCGCCGGCCAUGAGACGACGGGAAUCACCUUGACUUACCUGAUGUAUGAGCUAUCACGCCGUCCCGAGCUCAUGGUUACCCUCCGCCACGAGCUGCACGGCCUCAGUCGACCGAUCCAGCUGCCCGGCGUGGCAUGCGAUGCGCACACCCGCGUGCUGCCGUCCGCGCAGGAGAUUGAUAAGCUCCCCUUGCUCGAGGCAGUAGUGCGCGAGACACUACGCCUAUAUCCCGCUGCCGGGGCGCCGCAGCCGCGCGUGUCCCAUUCCAAAUCAGCGGUGAUCGAGGGUUACGUCAUCCCUAGCGGUGUAACGGUCAGCUCCUGCGCGUAUUCCUUGCAUCGAAACCCAAGAGUUUUCCCCGAGCCAGAGGAGUGGAUACCGAGCCGCUGGAUGCGGACUCCAGCCGAGGUCAAAGAGAUGAAUCGCUGGUUUUGGGCGUUUGGGAGUGGCGGACGAAUGUGCUUGGGAAGCAACCUAGCUUUGCAAGAAUUGAAGCUCGUCGCCGCGGCGAUAUACUCUAACUUUACCACGUUCAUCGUGGACGCCGAGGGAAUCGAGCAGGCGGAUUCGUUCAUCGGGGGUCCAGUGUCAAACAAACUCAUUCUAGGAUUCACCCAUGCAAGAUGA